GAUUUACUUAUUGGUGUUUUCAAACCUUGUUUUCUACAUUUACCUUUGCCCCAUUUCUCGGUAUGUAGUUUUAGACUGUUGGUAUAUGCUAAUAAUACAGAGAGGUGAAAAAGACUAUAAAAGUUGUAUGAAAUGCCUUGAAAUCUUGAAUUAGAUAUUGAAAAGCUUCUUGAAUUUGAUGCUUACACUUCUUACUUGUAUAAGAACUUGCUUAUUUGUAGUCCUGUUGCAGCAAAGUAUCGUAGAAUACGAUUAUUAGGACGGCUUUCGUUAAGGAUCAGUCAAAUUUCUUGGUCUUGUGGACAAUCCAUUUUUCGUGUGGAUAUGUGUUGAUGGUUAAGAAGUGGCGUGUGAUAGAUUUCCAUACAAAUGAAUUCUUCAACAUACACUCAGUUUGUUGCCUCAAGAAGGAUGGGUAUAUGCGAGCCGAUCCAUCAAAUUGGCAUGUGGGAUGAUUUCAAUGCUAGUUGCCCGAGUACAUCGGCAACCAUGAUUCUAGAAGUUGAGAAAUGCUUAGAGGACCAGAUACCGAUUAUGGACAAAAGAUUAGACAAUGAGACAGAAGAUACUUCGCAUGGAACAGUAGGGACUUCUAAUAGAUAUGAAGCGGAAACAAGUAAACCGAUCGAGAAGGUACUUAGACGUCUUGCUCAAAACCGUGAGGCUGCUCGUAAAAGCCGUUUGCGGAAGAAGGCCUAUGUUCAGCAGUUAGAAAAUAGUAAAUUGAAGCUGAUUCAAUUGGAACAAGAACUAGAACGGGCCAGAAAACAGGGUCUGUAUGUAGGUGGUGGUUUAGAUGCUAGCCAGCUAAGUUACUCUGGAACUGCUUGCUCAGGAACUGCUGCAUUUGAUACGGAGUAUGGUCAGUGGGUGGAAGAGCAAAAUAGACAAACUAAUGAUUUAAGGAAUGCUCUGCAUCAUUCGCAAAUUGGUGAAGCGGAACUGCGCAUUAUCGUUGAUGGUUGCCUGAACCACUAUUUUGAUCUCUUCCGAGUUAAGGCUACGGCUGCUAAAGCUGAUGUCCUAUAUAUCAUGUCUGGCAUGUGGAAGACAUCAGCAGAACGCUUUUUUAUGUGGAUUGGGGGGUUUCGGCCAUCCGAGCUUCUAAAGGUUCUCACACCACAUCUUGAGCUCUUGACAGAACAACAACUCCGGGAGGUUUGUAAUCUCACGCAAUCGUGUCAACAAGCAGAAGAUGCCUUGUCACAAGGAAUGGUAAAACUCCAUCAGAUUCUUGCUGAGGCUGUUGCGGCUGGCCGACUAGGUGAAGGAAAUUACUCUCUUCCGCAGAUGGGACCUGCAAUCGAUAAGUUGGAAGCUCUUGUUAGGUUCGUAAAUCAGGCAGAUCAUCUUCGCCAAGAAACACUCCAACAGAUGUCUCGCAUCCUGAAUACACACCAAGCAGCUCAGGGCUUACUUGCCUUGGGGGAGUACUUUGAAAGGCUUCGUGUUUUAAGCUCACACUGGGCUACUCGUCUUCAUGAGCCUUCCUAAUGAAGCAAUAGAAGAUCCCUUUAUAGUUUAUACACCAUUUGACGAGUUUUGCCUAUACUAUGUAAGCUAAAAUCUAGCACUUGUUUAUGUCAAUAAAGCUUUCAAUAUGAAUAUAGGACAUUACAUGAGUUGUACAAAGUGUCUAUCCAAAAUCUCACAUAAAGUUUUGUGAUUUUUGCCUCUGUAUUCAAGAGUCUAUUGUGGUAUUAUGUUACCGAGCAACUUUUGAACGCUUUGGAGAUGAGAAAUUUAUAUGUAAAUAACAUGCAUCUGAGUAAUGGCAUGGCCAAUAUCAUGUUAUGAUUUCUCGUGAGAA